GCAAAUGUUAAUCCAUUUCUACAUCAUGAAGCUAGCCAUUAUACUUUUAUCCCUAGCGGCCUUUGGGUCCGCGGAUUUAUUGAACAAUAUCCUUAGUUACAAUACCGCUUAUGGAUACUUGACUAAAUAUGGUAUACCUGAAGCUGAAAGGAUCCAAAAAGCUGAAGAGGAAUAUCUGAGAAACAAACCUUUUAUAAGCAGAAUUACUGGCGGCUCUCCAGCUGCAGCAGGACAAUUCAAAUACCAGGCUGGUCUCAUCAGUGAAAUAACGGGAAUAGAAGGAAGAGGUGUUUGCGGAGGAUCUCUCGUCUCGUCUAACCGGGUAAUUACAGCUGCUCAUUGCUGGGACGAUGGUAGAAACAAAGCCUGGAGAUUCACUGUUGUUCUUGGAUCGGAAACGCUUUUCACAGGCGGUACUAGAAUCCUUACCAGUGACGUCGUGAUGCACCCACUGUGGAUCCCAAUACUGAUCCUCAAUGACAUCGCUGUCAUCCGUUUGCCAGAACCUGUCGCUUUGUCCGAUACCAUCGGAACCGUUUCUUUGCCCACUGGAUUAGAAAUCUUUGACGACUUCAACGGUCAAGUCGCUAUUGCCUCUGGCUAUGGACUUACACAAGACGGCGGCAGUAUCAGCAACAGCCAAUUCUUAAGUUACGUCAAUAUGUCAGUCAUUACAAAUGAAGUUUGCAACAUCGCUUUCUUCGGUAACAUUCGGCCUUCGAACAUUUGCACCAGCACCCAAGGUGGUAAGAGCACUUGCCGUGGUGACUCUGGUGGUCCACUUGUUGUCCAAAGACGUGACAGAACUGUUCUGGUUGGCGUUACCUCGUUUGGAAUUGCUUUUGGAUGCGAAAUCGGAUGGCCAGCAGCCUUUUCAAGAAUUACAUCAUUCCUUGGAUUUAUUAAUGACAAUUUAUACAAACGACGUCAUACCCUCAAAAUUUCUCAAAUAACAUUCGCCAGAAACAUUAAACAAUAUCUUAGUUUGCCAACAAAUGAACUUGUUUUUUUUUCUAAAUCAACCCAUAGUAAAAUGAAGAUAGCCUUAUGUCUGAUAUCUUUUGCGCUUUACACCUCCGCCGGAACAUUGAACAACUCUGUUCCUCGUUCUUAUUCUACUUACGGAUAUUUAAGAAAAUAUGCCAUACCAGCAGCAGAACGCAUUAGAGAAGCAGAAAAAGAAUAUUUGCGCAAGAUAACCUCAAUGACCAGAAUUACUGGUGGACUGCCUGCAUUAUCUGGGCAAUUUAAAUAUCAGGCUGGUCUCAUCAGUGACAUCGUUGACAUUAAUAAUAAAGGUAUAUGUGGUGGCUCACUGCUCACUAUCAACCGCGUACUAACAGCUGCUCAUUGCUGGUAUGAUGGAGAAAACCAAGCUUGGAGAUUCACUGUUGUGCUCGGAUCACAACUUCUGUUUUUCGGUGGAACUAGAAUUCUAACCAGUGAUGUUACAACCCACAUUUACUGGUUUCCAUCGUUUAAUGUGAACGACAUUGCCAUUAUUCGGUUACCCGAACCAGUUAUUCUGUCAGAUAGUAUUGGAACCGUUUCUUUGCCAGUAGGAUUGGAAGUUUUUAACGACUUGACUGGUGAAAUCGCUACAGCCUCUGGUUUCGGCUAUACGAGCGAUGGCGCUAACGUUACUGAAAAUCAGUCCUUAAAUUACGUCAAUAUGACGGUAAUUUCUAACGCAGUUUGCAACGUCUUUUAUGCUGGUGGAAUUCGUUCAUCAAACAUCUGCACUAACACCGUAGAAGGAAGUACAUGUCACGGUGACUCAGGCGGACCCCUUGUCAUUAACAAAAAUGGCAUGACUUAUAUUAUUGGUGUUACAUCGUUUGGAUCUUUAUUUGGAUGUGAAGUUGGUUGGCCCGCUGCUUUUGUCAGAAUAACGUCGUUUCUCAAAUUCAUAUACGAGAACCUUUGAUUUUUAAUGUAACUA